GUGUGUGCGUGGGAGGUCGACGAUGAGCUCGGUGGCACUUUUGACCCAGGAGAGCUUUGCCGAACACCGCAGUGCCUUGACGCAGCAGCAGGUGAAAGUAACAGCUUUAAACUCUGAAGAAGAGAAGGAUCCUCCCACCUACGAGGAAGCCUUCCCUGCGCUCCCUGAGAAAGCACCAUGUUUGGAAGCUGCCCGGGAACCUGCUGGGCCCUGGAGCAAAAUCCGGCCAAUAAAGGCUUCUGUCAUCACUCAGGUGUUCCAUGUGCCACUGGAGGAGAGGAAAUACAAGGGCAUGAAUCAGUUUGGAGAAGGCGAGCAGGCCAAGAUCUGCCUUGACAUCAUGCGGAAGACGGGAGCUCACCUGGAGCUGUCUCUCGCAAAGGACCAGGGCCUUUCGAUCGUGGUCUCUGGCAAGGCGGAAGCAGUCACGAAGGCUCGGAAGCAGAUUGUCGCUCGACUGCAGACUCAGGCUUCAGCAACAGUUGCCAUCCCCAAGGAGCACCACCGUUUUGUCAUUGGAAAGAAGGGUGAGAAGCUGCAGGACCUGAAGCUCAAAACUGCAACCAAAAUGCAGAUCCCCCGCCCAGAUGACCCCAGCAACCAGAUCAAGAUCAGCAGCACUAAAGAAGGGAUUGAGAAGGCCCGGCACGAGAUCCUGCUUAUCUCCGCUGAGCAGGAUAAGCGUGCCGUGGAGCGGCUGGAAGUGGAGAAAGUGUACCACCCUUUCAUUGCUGGCCCUUACAACAAGCUGGUGAGGGAGCUCAUGCAGGACACAGGGACGCGCAUCGACAUUCCUCCACCCAGUGUCAACAAGACCGAGAUAGUCUUCACCGGAGAAAAGGAGCAACUAGCCCAGGCUGUGGCUCGCGUUAAGAAGAUCUAUGAGGAGAAGAAAAAGAAGACUACUACUAUUGCCGUGGAGGUGAAGAAGUCCCAGCACAAGUAUGUCAUCGGCCCCAAGGGGAAUUCCCUGCAGGAGAUCUUGGAGAAGACUGGAGUCUCUGUCGAGAUCCCACCCACUGACAGGAGCUCGGAGACGCUGAUACUGCGAGGCGAGCCUGAGAAACUUGGGCAAGCAUUGACUGAAGUCUAUGCAAAGGCCAACAGUUUUACCAUCUCCUCGGUCUCUGCCCCCUCUUGGCUUCAUCGUUUCAUUAUUGGAAAGAAAGGACAGAACCUGGCCAAAAUAACUCAGCAGAUGCCAAAGGUUCACAUCAAAUUCACUGGAGGAGAGGAUAACAUCACUUUGGAAGGACCUACAGAAGAUGUGCAUGUGGCUCAGGAACAGAUUGAAGCCAUGGUCAAGGAACUGGUUGAAAACAGCUUUUCUAUUUCUGUCCCCAUCUGCAAACAGUUCCACAAGAACAUCAUAGGGAAAGGAGGUGCCAACAUCAAGAAGAUCCGUAAAGAAAGCAACACCAAAAUUGAUCUCCCAGCAAAGAACAGCAGCUCGGAGACAAUUGUUAUCACAGGCAAGAGGGCAAACUGUGAGGCUGCUCGCCACAGGAUUCUUGCCAUCCAGAAGGAGCUGGCCAACAGCACAGAGGUGGAGGUCUCUAUUCCUUCCAAACUGCACAGUUCCCUCAUUGGUGCCAAAGGCCGCUUCGUCCGCUCCAUCGUCAAGGAGUGUGGUGGAGUCCACAUCCACUUCCCCACCAAGGGCUCUGGCAGUGACACCGUGAGCAUCAGGGCCCAGCCCAAGGUGUGGAGAAAGCCAAGAAACAGCUGCUGCACCUGUGAAACAGCACAAGGUCUUAAUCAAUCUAUCAAUCAAUAA